AUGACCCUCGCUGGUGGCUAUCUAGGCCCUUGUCGCGAUAUCCUCGGCCACGAAGGAGUAGGCCGUGUCGUGCAAAUUGGUUCCGGCGUAGACCCAUCCACCAUCAAAGUGGGUGAUCGUAUCGGAAUUGCUUGGGUGCGAGAUGCUUGUGGGCAAUGCUCCUGCUGUCGUGAACCCGGCGGUGAAGUCCGGUGCUUGGAGCAGCAAAACUCAGGGCGGAAGUGGGACGGCACAUUUGCUGAUCACUGUAUUGUUCCUAGUCGAUACGUCUUGACACUUCCGGAUGAUCCGAAGCUACCAGAUGAGAUUGUGGCGCCUAUACUAUGCGGAGGCGUUACUGCCUACAAGGCUUUGAAGGCUUGCGAAGCUACACCAGGAGAUUGGGUCGCCAUAGUCGGAGCAGGCGGUGGAGUAGGAGGUCUUGGAAUACAGUAUGCCAAGGCUAUGGGAUACCGAGUGGCAGCAGUUGACGUCGGCCCCGCAGAGGACUUUUGUCUGAAAAUGGGUGCCGAUGCCUACUUUGACGGCUCAAGUCCUGAUACACCAGCAAAGUUGAAGAAGCUAACUCCAAACGGCGCUGGAGCAAAAACAGUCAUAGUCACAGCAGGAUCAGGUAGGGCUUAUCAGAAUGCCCUUGAUCUUGUUGCUGUCUUUGGUACGCUUGUUUGUGUGGGGAUACCACCUCCUGAUCAAGCAAUGAACCUGCAUCCUCUGACUCUCAUAGAUCGAGGGAUUAAGCUUCUCGGAACGUUGGUGGGAACAAGGACCGAAACACUUGAGGCUCUUGAGUUUGUGCGAAGAGGUGUCGUCGAGCCUAUUGUUCAGACAGUCAAUUUCAACGAAAUAGAAGAUCUAGCGGCGAGGUUCUUAACUGCUUUAUUUCUUAAGAAGGUCCAUGCACCCAUCAUGCCUGGAAUCCUUGUCCGGGCGGAUCCAUGA